UUUUAUUCUUGUGACGUCACACCAACACCACUAAUACUGAUGUUCAUUAUUCAGUAACUAUACUUGCAGUGUUCUAAACGCUAACCUAACUUCGACUCUAUAUUCUCUCGUCAGUUAGACGAUAAUAGCUAUUAUAGUAGAUACAAUUAAAAUAUUAAUCCUAAUAGUUUGGUGCGAAAUGAACAGUGCAACAAGCUUACAAUGUAUAUUUAUGCUGUUUAUGUUAUGCAUUGUGCGUUUGGGAUGUUGUGCGCCGCAAAAUAAAGAUGAUGUGACCAAUACCACUAGUAAUCCGCCAGUUGAUCAACCCAAAGCCACAGAAUCAUAUUCGGCUGCUGAAAUGUGCAGCAAUUAUUCGAAGUUGAUUUACAAAUAUAUAAAGGAUCCAGCACUACUUGAUUAUGAGGAUGAGGUAUUUAUUGAAAUUAAAGAUUGUCUCAAUUCCAUAACAUUAAUCGUUAACGGCACGAAGGCAGAACCAAAAGAAUUUCCGCACAUGGCACUGUUGGGUUAUAGCAGGUAUCCCAGAAAUGAUACAUGGGCCUGCGGUGGAUCACUGAUCAGCAAUAGAUGGAUCCUUUCCGCUGCGCACUGUGAAAAACUAGACAAUACGACACUCGUGCGUUGGGCACGCGUGGGAGAUCUGAACUAUUUGUCGGAAACCGAUGACGCCAGACCAAUGGACUACCAAAUCGAUCAACGUAUAGUGCACCCAGAUUAUCAAAAACCUUCAUUGUACAACGAUAUAGCGUUGUUCCAUUUGGACCAGGACGUGCUGUUUUCGUCGUACGUACGACCCAUUUGUCUUAACGGAGAUCAAAACUGGCAGCCGAGUCCCUCGAACAUUGUGAUAGCAACUGGUUGGGGACGGAUCAAAAACGCUGGACCAACCAGUCCGGAUCUGUUGAGAGUUACUUUGGACAUCAUCCCGUCGAGUUUGUGCAAGACCAAUUAUGCGUCGGUUGGUAAAAAACAGUUGAUGCGCGGAAUAGUUGAAGACAGCAUGAUAUGCGCGGGCUAUGCUGGUGGCGAAAAAGACACUUGUGGGGGCGAUUCUGGUGGUCCACUUCAACUUGCGCACUCCACUUACUCGUGCAUGUACACGCAAAUAGGCGUCACGUCGGCCGGUAAGGAAUGCGCCACGAAUGAUUCACCAGGAAUUUACACGAAAGUGUCCAAGUAUUUGCCGUGGAUUGAACGAAUCGUUUGGCCCAAGUCUGGCUGAGAUCAUCACACCCAUAUUAUAGAUGGACAUCACUUUGCAUUGAACUCAUGAAUAAAUAUGAAAACCUUUAAUAAAAUAGCGCAGCUUUUAAUCUUUAA